AUGAAGGUGUUCCUGUGUUCCUGUGAUGAAGGUGUUCCUGUAGGUGAUGAAGGUGUUCCUGUAGGUGAUGAAGGUGUUCCUGUAGGUGAUGAAGGUGUUCCUGUAGGUGAUGAAGGUGUUCCUGUAGGUGAUGAAGGUGUUCCUGUAGGUGAUGAAGGUGUUCCUGUAGGUGAUGAAGGUGUUCCUGUAGGUGAUGAAGGUGUUCCUGUAGGUGAUGAAGGUGUUCCUGUAGGUGAUGAAGGUGUUCCUGUAGGUGAUGAAGGUGUUCCUGUAGGUGAUGAAGGUGUUCCUGUAGGUGAUGAAGGUGUUCCUGUAGGUGAUGAAGGUGUUCCUGUAGGUGAUGAAGGUGUUCCUGUAGGUGAUGAAGGUGUUCCUGUAGGUGAUGAAGGUGUUCCUGUAGGUGAUGAAGGUGUUCCUGUAGGUGAUGAAGGUGUUCCUGUAGGUGAUGAAGGUGUUCCUGUAGGUGAUGAAGGUGUUCCUGUAGGUGAUGAAGGUGUUCCUGUAGGUGAUGAAGGUGUUCCUGUAGGUGAUGAAGGUGUUCCUGUAGGUGAUGAAGGUGUUCCUGUAGGUGAUGAAGGUGUUCCUGUAGGUGAUGAAGGUGUUCCUGUAGGUGAUGAAGGUGUUCCUGUAGGUGAUGAAGGUGUUCCUGUAGGUGAUGAAGGUGUUCCUGUAGGUGAUGAAGGUGUUCCUGUAGGUGAUGAAGGUGUUCCUGUAGGUGAUGAAGGUGUUCCUGUAGGUGAUGAAGGUGUUCCUGGACCUCAGCAAGCCACAACCGCUUGUCUGGAGCUUCCUUUGCCAUUUGUGCCAAGUGAUGAGCCAUAA